AUGGACAUUGAGGAUCAAAUAAAAAACUUGACCGAAGAAGGAACUAAAGCUUUAAAUUUAGGAGAGUUUGAAAAGGCUAUUGAAAAGUUUAGUGAAGUUUCUGAACUUUCUACUAUAAUUUAUGGAAAUGUUUCUGAAGAGUAUGCAAAAGCUCUAUAUAAUUACGGGCGUGCAUUACUUGAAAAUGCAAUGGUGCAAAAUAAAGUACUUGCAAAUGAUGCACUUGAACAACAAUCUAAAAAUGAUACUAUUACAGAUGAUCUUCUACAACAACAACCAAACACUUCUCAUCUUUACUUUGAAGGUGAACCUGAUUUCUCUGAUGGAAAUGACGAAGUCGAUGUUGUUAACCUUGUUGAAGAAAUAGAUUACACAAAUGCACAAGCAAUAACUGAAACAAUAGCUGAAACAACUAUUUCAAAUGAUGAUCAAAGUGACGAUGAUUUGACAUUAGCGUGGCAAAUUUUGGAAUUAGCAAGAAUCACUUAUUUAAAAAUUGAUUCAAAAGAUAAAGAAAAAAAAUUAAUUCUUGGUGAAAUAUACAUUAAAUUGGGCGAUGUAUCUCUUGAGUCUGAAAAUUUAGAUCAAGCUGCAAUUGAUUAUCAAGAAGGUGUGAAAAUCAAAUCAGAAUUUUUACCAGAAGAUAACCAAUUGCUACCUGACCGAAGUCGACUUGAAUCCGCCAUAGAUUAUGUUCAAAAGGCAAUAAUUGUUUUACAAAAUCGUAAAAAAAAUCUUAAAUCACAAUUAAUCGCUUUGCAAGAAAAAGUCGGCAAAGGAAAGCAAGUGGCUACAACUGAUGAUGAAGAUAGUUCGAUCAUUGAAGAUGAAAUAAAAGAGAUUGAUGAAUUAUUGGUUGAAAUGGAAACUAAACUUGAAGACCUUAAAACAGUGAAAUCUUCAAAUGAUGAACUUAAAUUAAAUCCAAUUGAUAUGACGAUGGAUGAAUAUGUAAAAUCACAACAAUCUAUAAUAACUGCUCCAAAAUCAACAACAACACCCAACAUUAAUUCAUUAUCAUCAUCAACUAUUAUAAAUGAUUUGACACCACUUAUUAAGAAAAAAUCUACGACCACCACCACCGCCAUUAAUGAUGAUAGUAAAAACAACGAAUUUAAUCAGGAAAAGAAAAGAACACUUGAAUCAGAUAAUGAUAAUAAUAAUAGUGAAGAUGUUAAAAAAUCAAAAACAUCUAAUGUGGAAUAA